AAUUAUUAUAAAUACUAUUGCCAUACGUAUUCCUAUACGCAUUUAGACGCGACCCCACUGCGUCUAUUAUAUAUACACUCGCACUGCAACACUUUUCGUUUCAGCUUCUUCAUCCGAAAGCAAAACCAACGAGACCGCCAUGGAUUCCCGUUUCUCUCUCUUCCUAAUCCUCUCCGCCCUCCUGGCCUCCGCAGUUCUCGCGGACCUCUCCCCCACCGCCGAUCCUCUCAUCCGCCAGGUGGUCGACGACGGCGCCGCCCAGGACGCCGGCGUUGAGCAGCCGUCCACCUCCCUUCCCGCCGCCGACCACCUCCUCGGAGCGCCGGAGCACCACUUCUCCCUCUUCAAAACAAAAUUCGGGAAAUCGUACGUCUCUCAGGCGGAACACGACUACCGGUUCAAGGUGUUCAAGUCGAACCUGAGGCGCGCCGCUCGCCACCAGCUGCUCGACCCCAGCGCCUCUCACGGCGUCACUCGGUUCUCCGAUUUGACCCCUCGCGAGUUCCGGAGGCAGUUUUUGGGGCUCAGGAAGCUCCGGUUUCCCAGCGACGCCAACAAGGCGCCGAUCCUUCCGACGAGCAAUCUGCCUGAGGAUUUCGAUUGGAGGGAGAAGGGGGCGGUUACUCCCGUCAAGAAUCAGGGUUCAUGUGGCUCUUGCUGGAGUUUCAGCACUACUGGUGCACUGGAAGGUGCUCACUACUUGGCUACAGGGGAGCUUGUGAGCCUCAGCGAGCAGCAGCUUGUGGAUUGUGACCAUGAGUGUGACCCAGAAGAGCAAGGAGCUUGCGACGCUGGCUGCGGCGGCGGACUAAUGAACAGUGCGUUCGAGUACACUCUCAAAGCCGGCGGCUUGAUGCGUGAGCAGGACUACCCUUACAGCGGCACCGAUGGCAGCACCUGCAAGUUCGACAAGAGCAAGAUUGCUGCUAAAGUAGCCAACUUCAGCGUCAUCUCGACCGACGAGGAACAGAUCGCUGCUAACCUCGUCCAGAGCGGCCCUCUUGCUGUGGCGAUCAAUGCUGUGUACAUGCAAACCUACAUCGGCGGGGUCUCGUGCCCUUACAUCUGCUCCAAGAGGCUCGACCAUGGAGUGCUGCUGGUGGGCUAUGGAGCGGCGGGCUACGCUCCGAUCCGGAUGAAGGAGAAGCCGUACUGGAUCAUCAAGAACUCCUGGGGGGAGAACUGGGGAGAGAACGGGUUCUACAAGAUAUGCAAGGGGAAGAAUGUCUGUGGAGUGGAUUCCAUGGUUUCUUCUGUUGCUGCUAUUCAGACCCCUCCCGGUACCCAGUAGUGAAAAGAGGAUCAGGCUGGCUGGCUGGCUUAAACAUUUGAUUCUUCAGUAUACAAAAGAGAAUUGGAUGGAUGAAUGUUUGGCUGUAAAUAUUUAUUUAUCCCUCCUUCUUGCAACACUGAAAGGGAGCUCUUUUACAUUGUUGCAAUUUGCAUUAUCUGUACUCUUUUCAUCUGUAGGCAAUUUGGGACCUUGUUGAAAUACUAUCCUUAAAAGAAAUUGAUAAUGUGUGACCCUGAUUUCUGAACUAGUGCC